AGGUUAUGACUUCAACAAUGGUAUCGACUACCAUAAACUUUUCCAGUCCUACAAAUGCUCAGGGUUUCAGGCUACUAGCUUUGGUUGCGCAGUAGAAGAAAUUAAUCGAAUGGUAGCGUGUAGAGAGAUGCCCUUACCCGAGGGUCAUUCAGACAUUGGCGAAGAUGAAUUUACCAGAACAAGGAAAAAUUGCACAAUAUUUUUAGGCUAUACAUCUAAUAUGGUGUCCUGUGGUGUACGAGAAAGUAUUAGAUUCCUAGUCGAGCACAACCUUGUUGACUGCUUAGUAACAACAGCAGGUGGUGUGGAAGAAGACCUUAUCAAGUGCCUAGCACCAACAUAUCUGGGAGACUUUUAUCUCAAAGGAAAAUCGCUUAGGUUGAAAGGGAUCAAUAGAAUAGGCAAUCUCUUAGUGCCUAACAAUAAUUACUGCAAGUUUGAAGACUGGGUUAUGCCAAUUCUAGAUGCUAUGUUAGAAGAACAGCAAAAUCAGGGAGUUGUAUGGUCACCAUCAAAGAUUAUCACAAGACUUGGCAAAGAGAUUAACGACCCUUCAAGCAUUGCCUACUGGGCUGCCAAAAAUAAAAUACCGAUAUUUAGUCCAGCAUUGACUGAUGGAAGUCUAGGGGACAUGAUGUAUUUCCAUGGCAUAAAAAGUCCUGGACUCAUUGUAGACAUAAAUUCAGAUCUUCGUCGAUUAAAUGAUUUUGCCAAAAAGGCUGUCAAUUCAGGAAUGAUCAUAAUUGGAGGAGGAAUUGUCAAACACCAUAUUUGUAAUGCUAAUCUAAUGAGGAAUGGUGCAAACUUCUCUGUGUUUCUGAACACAGCCAGUGAGUGGGAUGGUAGUGAUAGUGGAGCUAGACCAGAUGAGGCAGUUUCGUGGGGUAAAAUCAAAAUUGAUGCAAACCCUGUAAAGGUGUAUGGUGAGGCAUCAUUGUUGUUUCCUCUGUUAGUUGGAGAAACAUUUGCAAGGCACCAUUUUGGAAUGGAAAGUAAAGAUGAUGAUGGUAAAGUCGAGUCUGUAUCUCCUUGAGUUUGUACACAUUUCUACAGAGAGAGAUAUAAGAUAUCUAAUGUGGUUACAAUUGUUUCCUGUAAUAGGCUGGGUCCCCCAGGGUUGCCGACGACUCCAGAGAAUCCAACAAUAAUGGCCAUUAUUCGAACACCUGCCAGUCGUAACUCCGGGUCUUGAUUAGUAA